GGCUUCUACUUUUUAUAUUUAAUUGCUUUCUCCUAACAACCUUGCCUUGCCUGACCGCGAUAAACAGCAGUAGUGGACCACUUAUCGUCAGUUUUGAACAGUGGUUGUUGAUUUUUUCGAUUUUAGAUUCCAAACUUUCUCUUGUAAUAUUUCUCUUUCUACAUCUUUCUUUCUAUUUUUUUUGGGUGGGGGUUUGAUUCUCUCUUUUGAAUCAAAGAAACCAUAACUGUUUGUUCUUUUUUCUCCCUUUGAAUUGAAACGAUUGAAAGAAGAAAUGGGUUCAGAAGGAUCAUGUGUUGUUGUACCCAGGAGUUUCAGAUUGCUAGAAGAGCUUGAGAGGGGUGAAAAGGGAAUUGGAGAUGGAACUGUUAGCUAUGGGAUGGACGAUGCUGAUGAUAUAUACAUGCAGUCAUGGACUGGGACUAUUAUUGGCCCUCCAAACACUGUUCACGAAGGAUGCAUAUAUCAGUUGAAACUGUUCUGUGGCAAGGAUUAUCCAGAUAAUCCACCUAGUGUGAGGUUUCAAACCCGGAUAAACAUGACCUGUGUCAAUCAGGAAACUGGAGUGGUUGAGCCUAGCCUUUUCCCCAUGCUUGCUAAUUGGCAGAGGGAGUAUACAAUGGAGGAUAUAUUGACUCAGUUGAAGAAAGAAAUGAUGUCUCCACAAAACAGGAAGCUUGCUCAGCCUCCUGAAGGCAAUGAGGAGGCAGGGCUCGAUCAAAAGGGCUUACCACUGAAGUGUUGCAUCUUUUGAAGUCCACCAGAGUUAUAUAUGAACAUAAUGUAUAUAAAAAAAAUAUAGUAAUUCCGGCAACCGGCUUAGCACCAAAUUCCAAUGGUGGCCAAAUAAAUCGAAACUUAACCGAUGACAUUCAAAAACUUUAUGAGUUAUGCUAAAAUCGAAUCUUAGUUGGUGAGUGCGUUUCCUUCUCUUAUUUCCUUGUUUUCGUUCCCAUUUGAUGUAAUUUAGAAUGUAUCCGAGGAGCAUGAAUUGGAAUCUUUACCAGUUUGAGAAAAUUGUUGUAUUCCUUGUAUUUGCUUUCUCUUUGUCAUGUAUAAUAUAAUUUAUAUCAUAUACAAUUUGAUUA